AUGACCCAAAGCAACGCUGAAAUAGACCGUUUAGUGGACAACCUAAUAGAAGAUGAAGCUGAGAGAGACAGUCUUCUUGCCAAACCCACCUGCUUCAUCAUAGUUGGACGACCGGGUGUUGGCAAAUCCACCUUGGCCAAAAAAAUUGCAGCAUCCUGGAAGUGUGUCUUAAUUGAUGAUACAGAUCUGCUCGACACACACAUUAAAAAUAAAACAAAGGAAGGCAUAGAGCUCUUGAAUAUUUUAUCUGGAGGCAAAAGUAUACCAGAAGACAUGGUGCUCCAGCUGAUUCUUGCCAGGCUUCACUCACCAGAUGUGGAGCACUAUGGGUAUGUACUGAGCUGCCUGCCGUUCUUGUCAGAAGAGUGUCUGAAGGUUCCUGAGCAGAUUGAGCUGAUCAAAAACCUCAAAGUAACGCCUGAUUUCAUCAUCAACAUCAAGUGUGCAGACAAGGAUCUGGUCCAUAGGCUGUCAGGUCUUAAGCAGCACCCAGAGACAGGGCAGUUGUACAACAGGGAUCAGUGGCAGCGCGAGGAGGUGUUUAACAAGAAGAAGGAGAACAAGGAUGGGGAAGUGGAGGAUGAGGAGGAACAGGCUGUGGAAGAGGAACUCCAAAAAGAUGUUAUUGACCAGAUGGUGUGGACACCAGAGAAUUUACCUAGAAAUGCUUUUCCUAGAAUCAACAUGUAUAAGGACACAAUGCUCAGACCACUGGAGGACUACAUGAUGAACCAUAACCCCCUUUUCCUGUUGGAGCUGGAUGGAAACAACACACCUGAAGAGCUGCACUCGUCCGUAAUGUCCCGUCUUGGAUCCAUGGCAAUAAAGCAUGUCUCUAUUCCAGUCCUCCUCCACCAGGCUGAUGAUGAAGAAAUGCCAGCAAAUGUUGACACGGAGGACCUACUGAGAGCUAUGUCCUCCUCCAGAACAGUGGCCCCUGGAUUUAGAUGGAGGAGGAGCCGCUGGGGUGGAACUUGUCCUGUUGCUCUGAAGGAGGGCAAGGUCAUUCCUGGCAAGCCUGAAUUAUGUGUUGGCUUCCAGGACAAACUGUACAUCCUCUCAUCUCAGGAAGCCUACCAAAAGUUUAUGACAAACCCCCGACGGUACUUACUUCCUCCAAUGCCCAGGCCUCCUUGCAGAGUUUCCAUCAUUGGACCUCCACAGGCAGGGAAGAGCAUGCUAUGUAAGCUUCUAGCUCAGCACUACAAUGCAUUGGUGCUUGACAUGGAGGUAUUGGUGCAGCCAGUUCUGGCCAAGGUUGAGCAGGAGAGACUUGACAAAAUCAAAGAGGAGACAACACAGGUCGCUAUAGAGAAAAUCAAGAUGAAGAUGGAGCUAGACGGUGGACAGAAUACAGUGACUGAGAAUCAUCCAGAGGUAAAAGCCAUGGUGCUCUCUGCGCUGGAAGAAGCCAAACAUAUGAACACAUCUCCCUUCAGCCUGUAUGCUGAGGUACUGGAGACACACAUAAAAGAGAUUGAAGAGGCAGACACUAGUGCAGAUGUCAGGACCGGCUGGGUGCUUGACAACUUUCCCAAGAACCUCUCCCAAAUGGAUGCCUUACAGCAAGCUGGAAUCCUGCCUGACAUCCUCUUCUGUCUCAGAGACAGUCAUGGAAAUCAGGUUUUGAAGAGAUUGUAUGAGAUGAACAAGGAACGAGUGGACAAAGCAGUGAUCAAGAGGUUACAGGACGAACAAUCUGAGAAGGAGAAACAGGCCUCAAACCAGAAGGAGCAAGAAUCCGAGGUAGAGGCCCAGCCCGCAGACCUUCAAACAAAUCUAGAGACAGUUGUCGAAGAGAGUGAAGCUGUGGCACUACCCGAUCAUUGGGAGUUGGGUUAUCCAGACGGCCCAGAGAUGAAUGACUAUAAACUGCAACUGCAACAGUUUGAGUUAGAAUGGGAGCAAAUGCAGUCUGCUUUACCUGUCGCCCACUCAAUACUGGAGAUUGGUGGAAAAAGUCCUCAGGGCCUGCUUCAAGAGAUGGUCCUUCAGAUGGAGGAGCCCUUUAAGUACGUGUCCUGGGAGCUGUCAGCGGUGGACCUGGAUGAGGAGGCAGAGGAUUUUGAGGCCUUAGCUGAGCUGGAGAGAGCCGAGGAAGGCAGCAGUGAUGCUGACGCAACAGAGGAGGAAGAUGAAGGGUACGCAACAGCAAAGAGAUUAUUUGGGGAUACCCAUCAUUUCUGCCCCGUGGCCCUAAAAAACCAAAACGUUCUGUGGCCCUGUACGGAUGAAAUUGCAGCCAAGUACCGUGAGAAAACCUUCUGCUUCUCAAACGUAGAAGCCAGGGACUCCUUCCUUCAAAAUCCUGCACAAUUUGUUGCACAGACUGGGCCUCUCAAGCCUCCUGCCCUGCGGAUCUUUUUGCUUGGCGCCCGAGGAUCCGGAAAGACCACUCAAGGUGGGUGGCUCGCCCAGCAGCUUGGCAUCUUCCAUAUUCAGUUCAGGGAGCAGCUGCAAAUGCUCAUCAUGGCCAAGACAAAGAAGCUGGUUACUAAUGCUGAUGAGGUACAGUCUUCAGAGGAGUCUGCAGAGGACUUGGAGGCCCUGAUAAAGGAAGCUAGGGGCGAGGAUGAGAAGGAGACUGAUGACACCUCUGCCAACAUGAAUGACAUGGAGCAGGAAGCGGUUCUGACUGAUGAGGAAAAGGCCAUCAAAGCCUACCUGUCUGAUGGAGAUCCGUUGAGUCCACAAAUCUUGGAUAUGGUUGUCAGGCCAUACUGGAAACAGGAACCAUACAUGUCUACAGGUUUUAUUUUGGAGGGCUUUCCUCACAACCCUGAUGAGGUGCAGUACAUGCUGCAGCGACAUCUUUUCCCUGACCUUGUGGUAAUUAUGGCAGUGGAUGUCUCAGAUGUUCAGAAGCGUCUGAUGCCGAAAUACCUGGAGAACUGGCGUGAACGUUGCGACCGGCGUGAAGCACAGCUGACCCUCCUUCGUGAUCUACGUCAGAAAAACCGGGAGGAGAACAUUGCCAAGAGAAGAGCUCAACUUAUGGCAGAACAAAGCACUAAGGCAGACAAAACAAAGUUCAGGUAUCGUCAGAAUGAAGAAGAUGAUGAAGAAGAUGAAGCUGCAGACAACACAGAGGAUGAGAUAGAGGCCAUGCUGGAGGACGAGUUUCCUUUAGAAGAGGAUAACGAAGACAUGGAGAAUGAGGAGACUGAGCAGGCAGCAUCUGAGAGGCUGGAGAUGGAGAUAGAAGAGCGCUUUGUGACUGAUGAAAACAUCCUUGGUCCUGUGACGGAGCUGCUGAGUGAACAAAACAUACCCAAAGUGUCAAUCAAUGCAUCUCGCAAGCUCCGGAUCGUGCGCCAUCAGCUGCUGCAGAAAAUCCAGCCCCUGCUGACCAACAGGGAGUCACUCUUCCAAAAAGGCCAACCCAUCUCAUACAGCCUAGCACAAAAGCUGCUGCUCUCAUCCUACAAGCUCCACAGUGCCUUUGGCUGUUAUGACCCUGUAAAGCAAUACAAAGAGAGAGAUUUGAUCCACCCUCUGCAGUGGCCUCUUAGUACCACAUAUCCCCUCAUCUUCCAUCAGUUCAUCUACUUCUUUGCAUCCAAGGAAAACCGCAACACAUUUAUGCUGAACCCGUUGAAGUACCUUAGGCAGCCAAAGCCCACCCCAUCCCUACCUGUUAAAAUGGCUGUGGUUGGACCACCCAAAUCUGGAAAAACCACUGUGGCGCAGAUGUUUGCUCAGAAAUAUGGUUUGGCCCGGCUGUCUAUCGGCGGUGUCAUGCGUAUGGUGCUUAACACUCAGGGCCACACUGAUCUGGCUGUCCAGAUGAAAAAGCAUCUCUCCCAGGGACUUGUUGUGCCUGAUGAACUGGCCAUUCAGUCUCUGGAGGUGGCACUCAUGAGUUCAGUCUGCAGCACUCGAGGAUACGUGUUGGAUGGCUUUCCAAAGACCCUUAAACAGGCAGAGCUUAUGGGAUCUCGGGGCAUCAUCCCCAUGAUAGUAGUUGAGCUGGAGCUGGACACAGUGGAGGUGCUGAGGAGAGGCCUUGUGGACAAGGCCAAGCCCAACAAGCCUCACCUGAAGCAUGAUACCUCCGAGAUCCUCCACAUUCGUAACUCCUGUUACAAGCAGGAGGUGGAGCAUGUGAGGCAACACUUCCAGCAACAAUAUCAGAACUGGAUCCUGCUUGAUGGCUUAAAGAGCCAAUGGUGGAUCUGGACGAGCGUCUUAAAGGAGGUCAGCGUCAGCAUGAAAUACAUCCACAGCUACCUGGAGAAGACGGCCAGCGGACAAGCAGCCUGCAUCAACAGGCUGUGCAUCACACCCAAGGAGCUGCAGUGUCGGCUUGGAGAGUUUGGCCAGUACUGCCCUGUCUGUCUUGCUCUGCAUCACCACUUGGUGAACUGCUCUGAAACUGCAGCCUUAACUCAUGCUGCUGAGCACAGGGGACACUAUUACAAGAUGUGUGGCGACGACCAUUUAGAGCGGUUCCUGAUCACUCCAGAUCAGUUUGUGACUCCUGGCUGCCCACACACUCUCCCACAUCCCCACCUGCUGCCAAGAAAGCUAACCGAGAGUCAGGUGAAGGACAGGUUCCCGCAGCAAGUUGAGAUGAAGGGCUUCUGCCCGGUCACUUAUCUGGAUGGAAAGCAAAGGUAUGAGUCCCUGGUUCGAGGAAAGAUGGAAUAUGCUGUGGAAUACAGAGAACGGAUCUAUGUUUUUGAGACAACGCAGAAACAGGACAAGUUUUUGAGGAUUCCUGAAACCUACUGGAACCAGAAGCUGCCCAGUAAAGUACCUCCUCUUUGUGAGCCUGUACCCCUCACCUCUCUUCCAACCUUGGGCUACCUGGAACAGGGUGUGGCAGUAGCAGUCAUCAAGGCCAUGACAGCUGUCGGGUGUCUCAAACCAAAGUAUCCCUUCCUCAGUAUACAAAGAUCAGCACUCCUCUAUGUGGCCUUCUAUCUGAAAGCUUUCAACCACAACAGCACGGACUAUACCAGCCAGAAGUACAAAAAGAAGCUGGCCUUGUUUGAAGAGAACUGUGCACUCAUUCCCUACCUGAGCUCAACAAUGAGAGGGAACUACAGGCCUCCCAGUGAACGCCCCAUUGACUUUGAAUUCAAACUGAAUCGGUUCCUGGCCUUGGGAGACUUGCCAGGGGCCAGCAGUGUGCUUUAA